AUGCCGAAGCGCAGGGAACUCAGACGAACGAAGACUGAAUCUGUUGAGUUGCAGUUCGCAAGGCGUCGUCGGCCAGAUCGCGAGCAACGGGAAACAACAGCUCUUCUCCACCGAGUCCGUGAGGACGAUCCAGAUGCUUUCCGGGAGAAGCUGCAGGAAAUCGAAGCCAUACUUGGCAACGAGGAACUAGCAAGGCAGCUUCGCCUGCUCGACGUGUACACCGCAAACGUCCAUAUCUCGGCGGGAGCUAGGGAGUCGUCGCCAACGGAUAGCGACGAGGACCUCGACGGGGCGGAGCAGAAUGCAUCGCGACAGAGCGCCAAAGCAAGCUAUCUGGCCAAAGCCCAUUCCGCAGUGAUCGGAUACAACUCGGAUCCGCUGCUGCUGCACUUCGUCUACGACCUCUGGCUCUUCACCACCAUCGGAGGGGCCAAGAACAGCGCCGGCACCGGGUCCGUGCGAGCAGCUUUGGCCACCAAGCCAUACUCUCCGGAACUCUGGUGCACCUACCACACCGCACUGGUGGAUCUGCAACGACAGGUGGGGUGGCCGAGCCUCUUCAUUACCAUCGCUCCCUACGAGUGGUCGUUCCCCUACCACCAGUGGCUGCAAGACGAGCUGAACAAAUCUCUCCUGGCCAGGCUCGACAUGCCAGUGGCAGAGACCUUGCAUCUGGCCCAUGUGCUUACUCAGGCAGUCAAAGGUCUUCUGACCGGAGCGAAUGAAGGCCUGCAGGCCAAGCGAGAGCACGUCUUCUGUUCCGGAGAAGGCCCGGGUAAAGUUCGGCACUGGGUGGCCAGGCUGGAAUUCCAAGACGGCAAGCGGAAACGUCACGUGCAUCGGACUGGCCAAUUCUACCACGGACGCGGAGCGGUUCACGUGCACAUCCUUCUGUGGUUAUCGGACAUGCACGCCAUGGAUCUGUCCUCGAAGAUCCGCGCCGACAUACCCGGCGAGGACGAACCGGAGAUGCGCGAUCUGGUGUUGGGCUCCCAACUGGACUACACCUCGAGCGGCUGGCCGGCACGCGAAGAACCUACUGAGGUAAACAAGGAAGACCAGCGACUGAAACUGCAUCAUCCUCGCGAAGCUUUCGAAAGAUGCUGUCGGGCAUACGUCUCAGACGUCCUGGCCGCCCUUCGCUGCCACGUCGAUGUCCAGGCAUCGGAUGGUCGCGCGAUGAUUCUGAAGUACUGCGCCAGCUACCUGCCGAAGUUCAGCAGCUCCUUUGCAGCGGAACUGCUCAACAACGAAGCCAGCGAUUACUCGCUAGCGCGCCGCGUGCUGGCAGACUACCACCCGCUGCAGCCCGAAAUGGUCAUGCAGCUUGCGAUGCAGCAACACCCGCAGUUCAUCUGCCCAGCCACCGUGCGCAAGUUCGUCGUGCCCGUUCCUUGGCAAAAGGAGAUGCCCAAGCUCGUGCAGAAUUACAUGACGAGUUCCUGGAGACGUCCCAACAUGAGCCUCUUGGACUUUCUGAGAAAAUCAGGCAACAACGGCCAGAUAUCCCAGAGAUACCGUCGCAUGCACAGCCACCUCAAGAUCGGCAUGCCCCUGAACGAUUGGAUCAAUGUGCACCCGGCCGACGGCAAAAUCCUGGUGGCCGAUAUCCUGUACGCGCGCACCAACGAUCGACACUACGGCCAAUGGUUGCUCUUGAACGUGCCCUUCCGGAAUGUCGACGACCUUUGGCUCGAGAACGCGGAGAAACUGCCAGAGAACCUCAAAUUUCUCGGACUUUGCGUACUACACCGCCGUCGCUUCUGGCGAGAUCCACAAAAGAUUCGAGCGGAGUUGGAAAAAGAGGCUCGCAGCGAGACGUACAUCCAGAACACGCUGGCCAUGCUGGCGGCCCGCAUCGAGCUGAUCGACGCUUACCUCUCCGGGGAGAUGACAGUGGAGAAGGAUCCGGAGCCUGCAUUGGACGGAGUUGCUAAAGUGGCCAGCGCCAACAUCAAGGUUGCACCGGAGCAAGCGAACGUCAUCCACGCCAUCCGCCGACGAGUUCAACAAGCGCUGGCAGCAAAGUGGCCGGAAGACAACCAAGUCGAGUCCUGGGCCAUGUGGCUGGAACAAGAAGGAUCCGCCAACAGACCAACGGUCGUAUUGGGACCGGCCGGCAGCGGAAAGAGCACCGCGGUCGAGAUCGCUUUGGCCGAAGCCGUCAACGCCGGAGCGCACGUCGGUGUGGCGUGCCCGACGGGCAUGUUGGCUACUCGGUACAGGAGUCGCUAUCCGGAUCUGGACAUCGACACCGUGCACGGCAUGUUCGCAUUGCACAAGGACGAGCUGACGACCGCCGACAUCAUGAAGAUCUACGAUCUCAUCAUCAUCGACGAGAUUGGACAGCUCCCCGUCUGGAUCUUCGAUCGACUGCUUCGGCUCUGGGACGCGGCCGAGCGAAGGCCCGCCAUCGUGUUCGUCGGCGACUUCUGUCAGCUGACCGGCGCGGACGGCACCACGGCAAGAGACAGCCCCAGGUGGGCCCAGAUGAGCAUCUCCACCCUGUUCGAGAUGCGCCGAUGCAAAUGUGCCAAGUUGAAGUGGAAGCUACAACUACUGAGGAACUCGAUACCGAGCGGGGCACAGCUCAAGAAACUCCUCAAAGGCCACCGGGCUAAUGCUCAUGCAGGCCACGCUCGCGGCAACGUCGUUACCGCAGACGACGUGGCCCAAGUGUUCAAGGAGAGGCCGAACACCACUUUCGUCACCAUAUCCCGGCGCGGGACCGCCAAGGUGAACCAGCAUGCAGUGCGCGCUCUCUUCUCCGAUGCGGACGUCCUUGGACGCAUACCUUGCGAUCCACAGGAGAACUUCGACAACUUCCGCGGCACCGCGCAAGUCAAGACCGACGAAGGCAAGGUGCUCCUGAUUCAUCCCAUCGCUCAAGAGUGCGCCUUGUGGGAUGGCAGCGUUCAGACCACCACCGCUUUUCCGCUGCGACUGGGCUACAGCACCACCUUGCACAAAAUUCAAGGUGCCACCCUGUCCCACAUCACCAUUUGGAUGGAUGUUCCUUUCGUGAAAGCAGCACUGUAUGUAGCACUCUCGCGAGUACAGUACGACCGCGAUUGGAAGUUCGUAGGAAGCAUCGACCGCCGCGUCGUCGGCCAGAUCGGACGGCAAAGCCCGCAGCAGCUCCGUCGACGCCCGGUGCGGCGGAUGAAAGCGAUUCCGGAAGAUCCGCAUGGCCCGACACCCGGUACAGCAAGCAACCGAACCAGCUUGACGAGCGUAAACACCGUCAGGGGCAUCAAAGACAUCUAUGCCGAAGCGCAGGGAACUCAGACGAACGAAGACGAUCCAGAUGCUUUCCGGGAGAAGCUGCAGGAAAUCGAGGCCGUACUUGGCACCGAGGAACUAGCAAGGCAACUUCGCUUGCUCGAAGAGUACACCACGAAGGCCGACAUCUCGGCGGGCCUGCAGGCCAAGCGAGAGCACGUCUUCUGUUCCGGAGAAGGCCCGGGUAAAGUUCGGCACUGGGUGGCCAGGCUGGAAUUCCAAGACGGCAAGCGGAAACGUCACGUGCAUCGGACUGGCCAAUUCUACCACGGACGCGGAGCGGUUCACGUGCACAUCCUUCUGUGGUUAUCGGACAUGCACGCCAUGGAUCUGUCCUCGAAGAUCCGCGCCGACAUACCCGGCGAGGACGAACCGGAGAUGCGCGAUCUGGUGUUGGGCUCCCAACUGGACUACACCUCGAGCGGCUGGCCGGCACGCGAAGAACCUACUGAGGUAAACAAGGAAGACCAACGACUGAAACUGCAUCAUCCUCGCGAAGCUUUCGAAAGAUGCUGUCGGGCAUACGUCUCAGACGUCCUGGCCGCCCUUCGCUGCCACGUCGAUGUCCAGGCAUCGGAUGGUCGCGCGAUGAUUCUGAAGUACUGCGCCAGCUACCUGCCGAAGUUCAGCAGCUCCUUUGCAGCGGAACUGCUCAACAACGAAGCCAGCGAUUACUCGCUAGCGCGCCGCGUGCUGGCAGACUACCACCCGCUGCAGCCCGAAAUGGUCAUGCAGCUUGCGAUGCAGCAACACCCGCAGUUCAUCUGCCCAGCCACCGUGCGCAAGUUCGUCGUGCCCGUUCCUUGGCAAAAGGAGAUGCCCAAGCUCGUGCAGAAUUACAUGACGAGUUCCUGGAGACGUCCCAACAUGAGCCUCUUGGACUUUCUGAGAAAAUCAGGCAACAACGGCCAGAUAUCCCAGAGAUACCGUCGCAUGCACAGCCACCUCAAGAUCGGCAUGCCCCUGAACGAUUGGAUCAAUGUGCACCCGGCCGACGGCAAAAUCCUGGUGGCCGAUAUCCUGUACGCGCGCACCAACGAUCGACACUACGGCCAAUGGUUGCUCUUGAACGUGCCCUUCCGGAAUGUCGACGACCUUUGGCUCGAGAACGCGGAGAAACUGCCAGAGAACCUCAAAUUUCUCGGACUUUGCGUACUACACCGCCGUCGCUUCUGGCGAGAUCCACAAAAGAUUCGAGCGGAGUUGGAAAAAGAGGCUCGCAGCGAGACGUACAUCCAGAACACGCUGGCCAUGCUGGCGGCCCGCAUCGAGCUGAUCGACGCUUACCUCUCCGGGGAGAUGACAGUGGAGAAGGAUCCGGAGCCUGCAUUGGACGGAGUUGCUAAAGUGGCCAGCGCCAACAUCAAGGUUGCACCGGAGCAAGCGAACGUCAUCCACGCCAUCCGCCGACGAGUUCAACAAGCGCUGGCAGCAAAGUGGCCGGAAGACAACCAAGUCGAGUCCUGGGCCAUGUGGCUGGAACAAGAAGGAUCCGCCAACAGACCAACGGUCGUAUUGGGACCGGCCGGCAGCGGAAAGAGCACCGCGGUCGAGAUCGCUUUGGCCGAAGCCGUCAACGCCGGAGCGCACGUCGGUGUGGCGUGCCCGACGGGCAUGUUGGCUACUCGGUACAGGAGUCGCUAUCCGGAUCUGGACAUCGACACCGUGCACGGCAUGUUCGCAUUGCACAAGGACGAGCUGACGACCGCCGACAUCAUGAAGAUUUACGAUCUCAUCAUCAUCGACGAGAUUGGACAGCUCCCCGUCUGGAUCUUCGAUCGACUGCUUCGGCUCUGGGACGCGGCCGAGCGAAGGCCCGCCAUCGUGUUCGCGCUGGCAAGCUCGGCGUUGUCUACGUUCUCGGAGGGACGUGAGGCCUGCAGUCGGGCCGAAGCUGCAACGAUGCCAAGCGCGCCUUUGCCUCGACAGGGAGGGUCUGGCGAGAACCGCUUCUUGCAGCGUUCAAUCGAUGCGGAGAGCUCGGAAGCGCGCCCAAAUUCCAAGUCGAAUCUGGCGGCUGCGAAGGAGCAAGACGGUGCGGCACUCGGUGACAAGGUCCUCGACAGCGGAGCCCGCAGCAGCUCCGUCGACGCCCGGCGCGGCGGCCAGCUCGCUAGUACUCGGGGCAUCAAAGACAUCUAUGCCGAAGCGCAGGGAACUCAGACGGACAAAGACUGUCACAUGGCGGAGCCGAUGACGGAUUCCUCAGAGGAUGAAAGCGAUUCCGGAAAAUCCGCAUGGCCCGACACCCGGUGUCGUCGGCCAGAUCGCGAGCAACUGGAAACAACGGCUCUUCUCCACCGAGUUCGUGAGGACGAUCCAGAUGCUUUCCGGGAGAAGCUGCAGGAAAUCGAAGCCAUACUUGGCAACGAGGAACUAGCAAGGCAGCUUCGCCUGCUCGACAUGCACACCGCAAACGUCCAUAUCUCGGAUAGCGACGAGGACCUCGACGGGGCGGAGCAGAAUGCAUCGCGACAGAGCGCCAAAGCAAGCUAUCUGGCCAAAGCCCAUUCCGCAGUGAUCGGAUACAACUCGGAUCCGCUGCUGCUGCACUUCGUCUACGACCUCUGGCUCUUCACCACCAUCGGAGGGGCCAAGAACAGCGCCGGCACCGGGUCCGUGCGAGCAGCUUUGGCCACCAAGCCAUACUCUCCGGAACUCUGGUGCACCUACCACACCGCACUGGUGGAUCUGCAACGACAGGUGGGGUGGCCGAGCCUCUUCAUUACCAUCGCUCCCUACGAGUGGUCGUUCCCCUACCACCAGUGGCUGCAAGACGAGCUGAACAAAUCUCUCCUGGCCAGGCUCGACAUGCCAGUGGCAGAGACCUUGCAUCUGGCCCAUGUGCUUACUCAGGCAGUCAAAGGUCUUCUGACCGGAGCGAAUGAAGGCCUGCAGGCCAAGCGAGAGCACGUCUUCUGUUCCGGAGAAGGCCCGGGUAAAGUUCGGCACUGGGUGGCCAGGCUGGAAUUCCAAGACGGCAAGCGGAAACGUCACGUGCAUCGGACUGGCCAAUUCUACCACGGACGCGGAGCGGUUCACGUGCACAUCCUUCUGUGGUUAUCGGACAUGCACGCCAUGGAUCUGUCCUCGAAGAUCCGCGCCGACAUACCCGGCGAGGACGAACCGGAGAUGCGCGAUCUGGUGUUGGGCUCCCAACUGGACUACACCUCGAGCGGCUGGCCGGCACGCGAAGAACCUACUGAGGUAAACAAGGAAGACCAACGACUGAAACUGCAUCAUCCUCGCGAAGCUUUCGAAAGAUGCUGUCGGGCAUACGUCUCAGACGUCCUGGCCGCCCUUCGCUGCCACGUCGAUGUCCAGGCAUCGGAUGGUCGCGCGAUGAUUCUGAAGUACUGCGCCAGCUACCUGCCGAAGUUCAGCAGCUCCUUUGCAGCGGAACUGCUUAACAACGAAGCCAGCGAUUACUCGCUAGCGCGCCGCGUGCUGGCAGACUACCACCCGCUGCAGCCCGAAAUGGUCAUGCAGCUUGCGAUGCAGCAACACCCGCAGUUCAUCUGCCCAGCCACCGUGCGCAAGUUCGUCGUGCCCGUUCCUUGGCAAAAGGAGAUGCCCAAGCUCGUGCAGAAUUACAUGACGAGUUCCUGGAGACGUCCCAACAUGAGCCUCUUGGACUUUCUGAGAAAAUCAGGCAACAACGGCCAGAUAUCCCAGAGAUACCGUCGCAUGCACAGCCACCUCAAGAUCGGCAUGCCCCUGAACGAUUGGAUCAAUGUGCACCCGGCCGACGGCAAAAUCCUGGUGGCCGAUAUCCUGUACGCGCGCACCAACGAUCGACACUACGGCCAAUGGUUGCUCUUGAACGUGCCCUUCCGGAAUGUCGACGACCUUUGGCUCGAGAACGCGGAGAAACUGCCAGAGAACCUCAAAUUUCUCGGACUUUGCGUACUACACCGCCGUCGCUUCUGGCGAGAUCCACAAAAGAUUCGAGCGGAGUUGGAAAAAGAGGCUCGCAGCGAGACGUACAUCCAGAACACGCUGGCCAUGCUGGCGGCCCGCAUCGAGCUGAUCGACGCUUACCUCUCCGGGGAGAUGACAGUGGAGAAGGAGCCGGAGCCUGCAUUGGACGGAGUUGCCAAAGUGGCCAGCGCCAACAUCAAGGUUGCACCGGAGCAAGCGAACGUCAUCCACGCCAUCCGCCGACGAGUUCAACAAGCGCUGGCAGCAAAGUGGCCGGAAGACAACCAAGUCGAGUCCUGGGCCAUGUGGCUGGAACAAGAAGGAUCCGCCAACAGACCAACGGUCGUAUUGGGACCGGCCGGCAGCGGAAAGAGCACCGCGGUCGAGAUCGCUUUGGCCGAAGCCGUCAAGGCCGGAGCGCACGUCGGUGUGGCGUGCCCGACGGGCAUGUUGGCUACUCGGUACAGGAGUCGCUAUCCGGAUCUGGACAUCGACACCGUGCACGGCAUGUUCGCAUUGCACAAGGACGAGCUGACGACCGCCGACAUCAUGAAGAUCUACGAUCUCAUCAUCAUCGACGAGAUUGGACAACUCCCCGUCUGGAUCUUCGAUCGACUGCUUCGGCUCUGGGACGCGGCCGAGCGAAGGCCCGCCAUCGUGUUCGUCGGCGACUUCUGUCAGCUGACCGGCGCGGACGGCACCACGGCAAGAGACAGCCCCAGGUGGGCCCAGAUGAGCAUCUCCACCCUGUUCGAGAUGCGCCGAUGCAAAUGUGCCAAGUUGAAGUGGAAGCUACAACUACUGAGGAACUCGAUACCGAGCGGGGCACAGCUCAAGAAACUCCUCAAAGGCCACCGGGCUAAUGCUCAUGCAGGCCACGCUCGCGGCAACGUCGUUACCGCAGACGACGUGGCCCAAGUGUUCAAGGAGAGGCCGAACACCACUUUCGUCACCAUAUCCCGGCGCGGGACCGCCAAGGUGAACCAGCACGCAGUGCGCGCUCUCUUCUCCGAUGCGGACGUCCUUGGACGCAAACCUUGCGAUCCACAGGAGAACUUCGACAACUUCCGCGGCACCGCGCAAGUCAAGACCGACGAAGGCAAGGUGCUCCUGAUUCAUCCCAUCGCUCAAGAGUGCGCCUUGUGGGAUGGCAGUGUUCAGACCACCACCGCUUUUCCGCUGCGACUGGGCUACAGCACCACCUUGCACAAAAUUCAAGGUGCCACCCUGUCCCACAUCACCAUUUGGAUGGAUGUUCCUUUCGUGAAAGCAGCACUGUAUGUAGCACUCUCGCGAGUACAGUACGACCGCGAUUGGAAGUUCGUAGGAAGCAUCGACCGCCGCCACUGCCUGCCAGCAGCCAUGUGA